UGUAGAUAUUGUUUUUGUGUGUAUGUGCGGUUCUUUUUGGGUAAUAAAAACAUAUUGUAUAUAGUUCACCUGUUAGUAUGGGUGCCUGAUAUAUGGAUUAAGGAUAUAUAAAUGACAAAAGAGCACAAUGUCUGACUAUUAUAAUCGUCUUGUAAUCUUUGUGAUUGACAUAUGUCCUAGACCACAACGCCAGCUCCUCUUGACACUGGCAGAACAAGCGUUCCCAGCUAAUUCACAGACUUUCAAAAUUGGAAGUUUUCUGCAAUCAAAAAAGUCCUAUAUUGAUCAGCUUUUGCGUUGGAAGAAGAUAAGAGAAGACCAGCACAAUAGUAUCUGCAAAACAUUUGAUAAAUCUGAUCUAAACGAUUGGGAUAUUUCGUUGCUUUCCGUUAUUUUGAAGGAAAUGUUCCGUGUUGAGCUUAAACAAGAAGAGCAUGACGCCUUGGCUGAAAUUCGAAUGGUAAGGAACGAGCUGCAGCAUAAAUCAAGCACUACUGAAAUAUCUGAACACGAAUUUAGAGAUGCAUGGCUCUCAUUGGAAAACGCUACGCUCUUGAUUGCAAGGAAUGCAUACAGGGACACAUCUAGCGGGCAGCGUUUUCAAAAUUUGAUUCAAAUCGAGAUAAAUACGGUGAAAUCGAACGCGAUGCCAAAUAUAACUGGAUGUCUUGCAACUUGGAAUACUGAGAUAAAGAAAGAAAUGAAGGAGUUAAGACAGCAGAUCGACAUAGUUGGUGUGGAUUCGAGAUUCAGUAGAGACGCACUUACCUCAUUAACAGUGAAACAGACAGCUCGAUCAGGGAUACCAAUGAAGCGGAUGAGAACUCUUGAUCCACGCUUAGAGAAGCUUAAAGAUAAUUUUGCGGCCUCGUUUGAACGGUUUUCAAACCAGACAAUUCCCAUAUGCGAAGAUGCGGACAAAAUAACCAGACAUCUGAAAGCUAAUCAUUGGGUUCUUGUAUCAUCCUAUGAUAGCAUGAAAGCAUACAUAUAUGCUUUGCGUGCGAUUAAAGAUAUGUCCUACUCUAUGGAAUAUUCUCUGGAAGUUACUGAUCCUUCAGACUGGUCACAUAUAGGGUUCGAAGAUGCAGAGUUGGUUGUUUUCAAGUAUCCAUUCGGGAAAGAUGCUUAUGAUGAAAGUAAGGCUACUGCAAUGGUAAUUGUCCUGGACAACAUCAUGCAAACGACAGGAAAAGGACAAAAGCAUGGACUAAUUGAUGUUGUUAUAGUGUCAAGCAGUAAGCUGCUAGAGGAAUGCAGGCGCAACCAUGAACACGAUAUGCUUGACCAUGCAGUAACAGUUUGUCCUGGAACAACAGAAAAGGAACCAAUUGACCUGACUAAUGAACAAACUAGAAGACUGUGCACAGAGCCUUGUGAUUCAGUUUACAAGAACAUGUUGGAUAUGUCGCAAUGCUAUUUGCGUCAGCAUAAACUGGAGUACAAAAACGUUCAACUUAUGCAAAAGGCCAAGAUGAAGUUCAAUGACAACAAGGUUCUUGUUAUCUGCGGACCAAAGGGGAGUGGAAAGACUACACUUGCGAUAAGUCUCUUGAAAGCAUAUCAAGAUGAGAAUUUCCUUCUCUUGACAGAGCCCGAGGAGUUGAAAUAUGUCCGUCAAACAGACACCUUGGCUAUUCUAAUUGAAAAUCUGGCAGGAUACAUGAAGUUUGACGAAACGGAAGCAAACAAAUGGUUCAGAAAGUUUGACCUACUUAACGCAGCUGUAAUGGAUGGAUGCUGGAGGAUAGUAAUUACAAUGCAGCAAGGAAUAUUUGGUGAAUGGUCUAAACUUUUGCCGAAACAUCCACUUCUUGAUAGUGCUGUGCAGUUGUCGCGUACUCGUUCUGUUGAACCAAAAGUAAAGCAAGAACAAAUGGAUGUUAAUGAUAUACAAGAUACACAGAUGCCUUACAAAAGUGAGUCAACAACUAGAUCAACAAGAAAGCCUACUUCAGCUACUAGAAAUACUUCAACUGACCGACAUGUGUGGUCUGUACAAAGUGAGAACACCUAUCCAGUUCAGCAGUUAAGUGACCGUUUCCAGUGCAUAAUAUCUGGUAUCUGUAUACUACCGUCAGGAGAAUUAUUGGUAAUAGAUGAACUAAAUGUGAACAUCAAGAAACUCGACCAAAGGUACAGUGUUGUUCAUGUACGAGAUCUACCAACCAUGCCAUUGGGUCUUUGUUAUCUAGGUGAAAAUGUAGCAGUGGUUUCAAUGAUAACAACUUUACAGUUUAUAAACGUCUCAGGUAACAUAAACCUGACAAUGACUGUAGAUACUGAUCAUUCAUGUUUCAGUAUUGCAGGUCAUGAAGAAAAGUUAUACGUUGCCGCACUUGGAAAUGUUCAGGUCUACGAUAGGAAUGGCCAACAUGAACGUAGUAUAGACAUUGGUCCUCCGAAUCCAAUAUCAGGUAUGGCAGUGAGUCGAGAUGGGGAAAUGCUGUACGUAACGAAGAGAAUGGCUAUCACUAAAUAUGAGUGGUCAGGGUUGAUCACAACGGACACAAGAGGUACUAUGGUAUCGGAAUUACAACUGAACAGUUGUGACGGGGUGUGCAUUGAUCGCAAUGGUAAUGUUCUUGUCCUUUGCGCAAAUGGUGUAGUUCAAGUCAGUGCCGAUGGAAAGUGCAUUCUAGACCUUCUUACAGAUGAUGACACAUUGGGAGAAUCCAUUUGUUUUGAUGAAGAGCGGUCUUCACUAAUUGCUUCACACAGUGUAGGAAAUACAAUCACUGUGUUCGAACUUGCUUGAAUUCAGUUGCAUUGGUGUCCUCAUUCUAGGUGUCAGUGUACUAGCAUUAAAGACAUUCAAUUAUUAAAGUACGGACCUUCAGAGCUUAUAAAAGGAGCUAACAAAUGGUGAAUGGUGGAGAUACUUUUUCUCACCAAAUACUUUUCUACUGCUUCUAAACUCUUUUUAUUAAAAAUCACUGGAAAUCGAUUGUUAGACCACCAUGUCAUUUUGUGCAAUAAAAUCAUAUGAAUGUUGUGCAGACAUGGAAUGAAAAUAAAUAUAUGUAUGAUCAAACUGUAAGAGUUGUCAGAGGACAUCAAUACACUACUACUCUAAAACAUUAAAAGAAGGUUAAAUAAAUGAAUACCAAAUUUCAGAGGGGGCAUAUGAUUAUCUUUAUGAUCCAUAGGACAAUGUUGCCCCCACUUCCUGUCAAUGUAUAAUAUGGUUACUUGUUGACCAGCUGUUUGUAAAACACAUAUGUACCGAUGAUGGCCUGUCGGAGGCAAGUCGAUAUGUAACUUUGUAUACUGUGACAUUGGCCUUUGACCAGAAACAUCUGGAAUCAUCUACUGUCUACAGCCAACAAUCCUAACAAGACUGACAGCCAAAGUUUGCUUUAAUAAUUGGGUGGAAACCGUUUUCAGUCUAGAGGUCACUGUGAUCAUACCUACUGACUGCCAAAAAAAAUAUGGGUCAUCUGAUGACCACAGGCAAUAUCCUAUGAAGUUUGACGACUAUUAUCUAAAGCGUUCUUUAGUUAUUGAGAGUAAACUUUUUUUCAGUCUUGAAGCCUCUGUAACCUUGACCUUUGAUCUACUACCCACUCCACCCCCGAAAAAGUAGAGGAAAUCUACUGACCACAGGCAAUAUUCUACGAAGUUUGACGACUAUUAGCCAAAGCGUUCUUUAGUUAUUGAGAAUAAACACUUUUUCAGUCUCCAAGCCUCUGUAACCUUGACUUUUGAUCUACUACCCACCCCACCCCCGAAAAAGUAGAGGUAAUCUACUGACCACAAGCACUCUUUUGAAGUUUUACAUUAAGCAAAACAAAAGGGGUCCACUUCUUACCACAGGCAAUCGUCCUAUGAAGUCUGAGCUUUGACAAACCAAGCAUUCUCUACUUAUUGAUCAGAAACCAAAUGGUCUAUCUACAAUGAGCAACAAAAUACAUUUCAAAUUGGGAAAUAAUUGAUUUCCAUAUUUACCUCGACUGGGGUGCGAGUUCUGAAGGCGUGUAGUACGGAUACUUUAAACUGAAAGAACAAUUUUUUUGACAAGAGGGAGAAGAGAAGUGGUUGAAGGGUGGGAGUAAAUACCAAAUAAUACCCGAGGUACACAACUUGACACGAAGAACAACAUUCCCAUUAAAUUGUACAUACGAGAUAAAUGCAACACAAAUUUUAAAGUAAGCAGUUGUUUACCAGAACUGUUGCUGGUAAAAUUACUACUUCCUUUGGGUAUUAUUUCAACUAAUUUUAAAUUAUCUCAUAUUGACAAAUUGAAAGCAUUGUGAGACUUUCAAUGCUAAGAGUUUCUGUGAAAUAUGAUUAAAUAAACAUAAUUAAUUUGUA